CUCCUCACACUCACUCACUAGAUAAUUCUCUUUCUUGUACUAACUACUUUCUUUUUCUGUAGAAGGAGAAGCUAACAGAAAAUGGGGUUCUCCAGUUCUCUCUUGGGUUCCUUCCUUUUUCUUGUUUUGAUGUUCUCUGUGGCUCAUGGGCAGCCUCUUGUUCCUGCAUUGUGCAUCUUUGGAGACUCUGUUGUUGAUGUGGGCAACAAUAAUAACCUCCUUACUCUUGUAAAGGCAAACUUCCCUCCUUAUGGAAGAGACUUCACCACCCAGAGAGCAACAGGGAGGUUUUGUAAUGGAAAGCUGGCUACCGACUUUGCUGCUGAGACCCUUGGCUUCACUACAUACCAACCUGCUUACCUUAGCCAGGAGGCCACGGGGAGUAACCUCUUAAUAGGAGCCAACUUUGCUUCAGCUGCUUCUGGUUAUUAUGACAGGACAGCACAAUUAUAUGAUGCCAUUCCAUUGACCCAGCAACUGGAGUACUACAGGGAAUACCAGAAAAAAGUAGUAAAGAUUGCAGGGAGAUCCAAUGCUGCCUCCAUCUUCUCUGAUGCUAUCUACCUUGUUAGUGCUGGGAGCAGCGAUUUUGUUCAGAACUACUACAUUAAUCCUCUUCUCUAUGGAGUCUACACUCCUGAUCAGUUCUCAGCCCUACUCAUGCAAUACUUCUCUGCAUUCAUUCAGAAUCUAUAUGGGUUGGGAGCGAGGAGGAUCGGAGUGACGACGCUGCCACCGAUCGGAUGUUUGCCGGCAUCUAUCACUCUUUUUGGUCUUGGGAGCAACAAGUGUGUGGAGAGGCUAAACGGAGAUGCUGUGUCAUUCAAUAACAAGCUAAAAACCACAGCUCAAGGAUUGAAGAAGAGGCUUUCUGGUCUCAAACUUGUUGUCUUUGACAUCUACCAGCCUUUGCUGGAUCUCAUCAACAAGCCUGCUGAUAAUGGAUUCCUGGAGGCAAGAAAGGCUUGUUGUGGAACGGGGACAAUAGAGACAUCUCUGCUUUGCAACUCUCUAUCAAUUGGGACAUGUACUAAUGCUACAGAGUAUGUGUUCUGGGAUGGAUUUCAUCCAUCUGAGGCUGCAAACAAGAUAUUAGCUGAUGAACUCCUGGUUCAGGGCAUCUCUCUCAUCUCCUAAAUAAAAACCAGUAACAUUUGAGGAUGUCUUUGCCUUCUUUCUAUGGUUGUAAUUCACCUCGAAGUGAAUAUACAUCAACUGAGUGUCAUCAUGAUGUCAUGCGAAUGUCUAACCAUGUUAAGGCCGUGUUUGGGAUUGCUUUUUCAUGUAAAUAUGCCACUUGAAAAGCCACCUUUUGAGAAACUUUUUUAGUGUUUGGAUAAGUGCUUUUUUGCACCGGUUUUUUAU